AGUGUUUUAGCAUCUUAGUUCACAAGAAAUGGUAGCAGAAGAAUGCGUGAAAACUUCAAGGCUCCGACCGCAGACAAACCCACUCUGGAGACAACUGAGCAUAGACGGCCAGAACCACCGAGAAGUUCAAGUCAACUUGAUAAUCGACCAAUUUAAAAAUGGCUGCAACUUAAAAAGUAAAGCAGGUUCGCCGACAAGGAAGCAGCCAGCUGAAACCCCGAAGUCCAAAUCAGAUCUCAUGUGCAGAAAACUUAGAGACAAACUAUAUAUGGUUCACCUACAGAAUGAAAAAAUGAAGCCCGAAAGAAAGUUUUACCUCAUUGCCCAAGAGGUAGGAAGGAAGCGACAACGUCCCAUAUCCUGCACCACGACCACCAGCACUCUCAACAGACUAAACUCCGCCUCCUCCUCCUCCACCAGCAGUCAGCGACACUACCCUUCUAAUGGGAUGACCUGGAGACAGUUGUCACUGAACAGGAAGAAGAUGAUGAAAAGGAUCCCUUCGAACUCCUGCAGUCCAAUUAACUCAGAUGAAUACGUCCGCCCUACAGUGACAGCGAAGAAUAGAACAGCAUGGACUACCCCAGCUACUAGACCAGCAUCGACUACCCCAGCUACUAGACCAGCAUCGACUACCCCAGCUACUAGAACAGCAUCGACUACCCCAGCUACUAGAACAGCAUCGACUACCCCAGCUACUAGAACAGCAUCGACUACCCCAGCUACUAGAACAGCAUGGACUACCCCAGCUACUAGAACAGCAUCGACUACCCCAGCUACUAGACCAGCAUCGACUACCCCAGCGGACCUAGGUACGGGGAGCAGGGAGCCGAAUUCCAGUUCUACCACCAGAGGUAGAACCAGUAAAAAUGCCAGUAUUACUGCCAGUAAAAAUGCUAGUAGAAAUGCCAGUAUGAAAACUGAUACCAAUAUCAGUGCAAAGACUGGCACUAAGGGCGGCAGAAUAAUCAGCGCUAGGAGUGGGACCAAGGAACGCUGUCCGUCUUCAGAAAGGAGCAAAUUGGAAAGCGUGUCAUCCAACCAUUCAAAGCAAAGGAACAAAACAGAAAAUAGCAGUUUCUUGUCAAGGUCCCAUCAAACGAGUAUUUCUACUACUCUUGGCUACGAUAUACCUCGUCUUGGCUAUGAUAUACCAUUUGUUCCUAAACUUCCAAAAAAGAAAAAGAAGAAAGUUAAAAAACGCCCUUCUAUUUCGGACUCAAAAGACGAAGAAAGUAAGAAAACAGGAAACAGAACGGCAUGGCAACUGUGGACUAGAACCACUACCAAGAUUGUCACUACUCAGCGAAUUUCCAAGUUAUUCAGGGAGAACUCCAGGUCGGCUGAGAGUGCCUACCGAAAGAGAGGGCUGAGAAACCGAUUCAAAACGGAACAUGGCUCCGAGCUAGACGACGAGGACUACGUGGCACCGAUCAACAGAUUCAGAAAAGUAGCGCGACUAGUACAACUUGCACUUAUCUUCUACUCUGGAGAAGGAAAAACAAGCAGAAGAAAGGAAACAGAGAAAGCCGCCGAAGAACACCAUGCAUUUUUUGACAAAUCAGACAAAAUGACUUUUUUACCUGCUUUCGAUCCCUCUUUAUACAAGGCUCAGCGUAUCAAGGAGUUAAUAGUGGGAUCAGAUAUCAAAGAGAUCCUGGGUAAAAGACCGGAGGAUCGAACGGAGGAGGAGAUUCAACAAGUACUGUUUGCUCUCAGAACUUACGAAACGUUUGCGGAGUACCCUUUAAACAUGCAGGAGAGGAUGUGCAGAAAAGCUCACUACCUAAAAUUCGACACCAGCAGAAUUAUUCUGAGACAAGGGGACCGGGCUGAGUGGUUCUACUACGUACUAAGUGGAACAACUGCUGUCAGUAUACUAGAGGAAAACAAAACAACUGGAUCUGUCAACUUACGGAACGUCGGCUACUUGAAACGAGGCACUGCCUUCGGGGAACUGGCGUUAUUGCACGGUACAAGGCGAACUGCAACAGUGUCGUGUAAGGAUGCCGUGGAGCUGAUAGCGGUUGAUAAGGAAGACUUCGUACAAAUGAACCAGCUUGAUAGUGACGAGGAAAAGGAGCAUAUCAGGUACUGCAGAACAUUACCAAUCUUGAAUGAGUGGCCAGUUAACUUGCUGAAUGAAGCAACAGGUGUCUGCAACUUCCACUUCUUCAAGAAAGGAACUGUGAUGGCUAAAUCUAAUCACGACACGCCUUUUAUCUACAUCGUAAAAUCGGGUCACGUUCGGGUGUUAACUAAAGUAACAAAAAUCAGACAGAAACAGGUUCAGGGUUGCCGCGUUCGAUCGCGCACAGCCUCUAGUCGCACCCCUGGUAGUGGGCUAAGAAGCAACAGAUCAGAUACCUCCUCUACAUGCUCUAAUGGUUUCAGGAGUCGGAUAAGCAGUCAGAGUACAAAUGGAGUUCCCCCAACACAUGGUUCAAGUCGUCACAUGAAGGGGAACCUAGUGCCGCUAAUCAGUAGACUGAACGUCGGGGAGGGAACAUUUCAAGACGUCCCUAUUCAGCCCACAUUCCUGCAAGUCUGUGUGCUGGGGGCCGGGGACAGCUUCGGAUUAUCCACUCUGGUGUACUCUGAAGAAAUCUCCUGCGGGAUAGUAUCUUUGGGGGCAGAGUGUAUCGAGAUAUCAAAAGAGUUCUUCCUCAAAAAUGCGACAGAAAAUUAUCUUCGAAAGCUCAAAGCCACGAUCAGACCCUUCCCCUCCGAAGAUAAACUCCAACAAGACAUUCAGGAUCAGAAGCUCUGGAAUAAUUACAAAAACACUGUAGUUGCUUCUGUUUUGGAUCCCAGCAGCAUAUGAUCAUUACAACAGACUUUUUAUUUUCUCAUCCAACUUAUUUAUUUCUAUGAAAUUGGAAAUGGGGCUCUCAGAAAGAGAAAGAAAGAGAGACGCUGAUCAGAGACUGAGUUUUGUAACCUUGCUACUGCAGUGUGCAGACUAUGUUAUCUCUCAGGGGCCGUGUGGAUCAAGUCUUGGAGGAUUAUUUUAUGCGAUUAGAUUUCUAAAUAAGUUAUAGUUGAAAUAACAUAGCUAGUAGGGAGCGUAGGAAAAUAAUUAGAUUUUCCUUUUUCAUAACGAAGAUAAUAUGUUAAUCCCUUCGAUCAUAUUAGUACUUCUAUUUUUAUCUUUUGGCGGCGGUAUAUUUAUUUCGAAUUGUAAGUUUUUUGUAUAUCAACACUGUGAGUUAAUGUGUGUGUUUUACAUGAUGUAAGAUUUUAAUGGAAUAGUAUAUAUAUUUAAUGUAUAAAUACAUUAUAUUCGAGCAGCUAAUGAGCUGGAUGAACUGACUCAACGUCAGAAAGAAAGCGAAACUUAUUUAACGUCAGAAAGAAAGCGAAACUUAUUUAUUGUAGAACUUCAAUUUCAGCCGCCUUUUUUAAAACUAAGUAAUUUUACAGUGAACACUCAUUCUUUGAGUUUGAGAGUUUGAGGGGUCCUUUGUUGCACUACACUGAAUAAUCGAAAGCAGAAUUGUAAAAACUGUCAACCCUAAUUGGGCUGAUACAAUUUUCAUUCCGAAACCGCGUAAAAUCAGGGUUCCUUUGUAUUCAAGUAUUAACUUUUACUUUAUUGUACAUACUACAUUCUACUUUCUACAAUCAGUUCAUAGUAUUUCAGUAAUAGAACAUAAACUCUAUUUUA